CUACAGCUUGGAAGCUCUCCUUGUGCAAUGAUGCUGAGUCCGGAGCGCCUAGCCCUACCGGACUACGAGUAUCUGGGCUGCCAGAACCACUCUGCUCUAUGGUUCUCAUGCCCCAAAGUCCUGCAAAUUGACACCUCAGCGACAUGUCCUCACGUACAUGGAGGAUGCAGUGUGCCAGCUGCUAGAAAAUAAGGAAGAUGUUAGCCAAUAUGGUAUUGCCAGGUUCUUCACUGAAUACUUUAACAGUGUAUGUCAGGGAACUCACAUUCUCUUUCGGGAAUUCAGCUUCGUCCAAGCCACCCCUCACAACAGGGCAUCAUUCCUACGGGCCUUCUGGAGAUGCUUCCGAACUGUGGGCAAAAAUGGCGAUCUGCUGACCAUGAAGGAGUAUCACUGUUUGCUGCAGUUACUGUGCCCCGAUUUCCCGCUGGAGCUUACUCAGAAAGCAGCCAGGAUUGUGCUCAUGGAUGAUGCCAUGGACUGCUUGAUGUCUUUUUCAGAUUUCCUCUUGGCCUUCCAGAUCCAGUUUUACUACUCAGAAUUCCUGGAGAGUGUGGCUGCCAUCUACCAGGACCUACUGUCAGGCAAGAACCCCAACACAGUGAUUGUGCCAACAUCGUCCAGUGGGCAGCACCGCCAGCGGCCUGUCUUGGGUGAGGCCAGCAUGCUGGAGGGGGUCGAGGCAUCGCUCUUCUACCAGCGCCUGGAGAGCCUGUGUGACCGGCACAAGUACAGCUGCCCACCCCUGGCACUUGUCAAAGAGGUCCUAAGCAGCGUUCAGAGACUGACCUUCUACGGGUUCCUUGUGGCUCUCUCCAAGCAUCAUGGAAUCAGCCAGGCCCUCGGAGCUUUGCCUGACAAAGGGGACCUGAUGCAUGACCCAGCCAUGGAUGAGGAGCUGGACCGUCUGCUGGCCCAGAUCCCAGUCCUGGUCAACUCAGUCAGUGCCAGUCCAGAGGCCAGCUGCCUGCCUUCCCGAACCCCUCACCGGGCUGGCUUUUCCUGGAGACCCCUCCAUCACGCCCGCAAAGUGGAUGCAGAGAGCGAUGGCUCCACUGAAGAGACAGACGAGUCCGAGAUUUAAGGAGUCUGAAGGGUCCUGCCUACAACACCCUGUACCCAACUCCUACUCCCACCCAAUUCCUCCUGUCCAUGUGCCAUGCUGCCCUCUGCUGGCAGAAAGGCCAAAUAACAGCCACAGUCCAAGACCUGCCAGGGGUUCUGAUAUCAGCCAACCCAAGCAGUGAUUCAAGAAAGUUAGCUUACUCUCCCUGUCCCAGGCGCCAAGCUAAUGGCAGAUUGAACUGAGGUCGCCAGGAAGGGACUUGGCCCCAUAGAAGGUUCAUCUCACAGCAACUCCAGGAAAGGUGAAGACCAUGAAUAGCCACACAGGGCCUUGCAUGGUCAGGGGUGGCACCGGUGAUGCCAGUAUGAGAGGACAGGAUCACAGUGGCCUUCUACUGGAGAAAGAGCCACUAGCAUGAUGGGACAAAGCGUGGGCAAGACCAUUUCACUUUCAAACACUGCUUCAAGCCUCUUGUGUCAAUUAGCUAAACAUGAAAUGAAUAAAGUCCCUUGUGUCUGCUAA